AUGGCUGCUGCUGCUGCUAGCCACCACCGCUCGUUUAACAUUUUUACCACUACUACCUUUGGUUCCUUUUCCUUCUUUUUUGUAUUAUUGAUAUUGUUAAUUUCUCCGGCGAGCUGUGCUGCCUUGAAGGAUGACAGCAGCAGCAGUUAUGGAGCUGUUGGAGAUGGAGCUGCGGGAGAUGGAGAUGGGACACUCUCGAAAGUGAAGAGUUGGAUCAAAGCGGAAGGAGGAGCAGUGGAAGAAGUUCCGGAACUGAAGAAGAAGAAGAAGAAGAAGAAGAAGAGCAACAAUUACGCUCUCACACAAAAGACCAACCGCGAUGACACACCAUUACCAUUACCGCCGCCGCCAUCAACAACAACAACAACAACAACAACAACAACAAUAACCAUUACCAUCACCAUCGCCAUCGCCACCUCAACAAUCACCCAACCACCUUCCCUCCCCCUCCCCCUUCAUGUUCUUCAAGGCCGCCAAAACCCCGACCCCGACCCCAACAAAGACAAAGACAAAGAUAGCGCAAUCGCCGACCUCCAAUCCCAAAUCGGUUCCCUCUCCUCUCAACUCUCCCUCCUCUCUUCGAGUUCGCAAUCCCUCUCCCAAGCCUCCCAGCAAACAAGCCAACAACUCUCUCAAUCCCUACAACAGGCCUCGCAGUCCCUCCAGCAAGCUUCCCAGCGCCUAAGCCAGACUGAGCAGUCGCUGGUUAGUGCACGCAUAACGCAGCAAGCUGCUGAGCAGGCUUCCCGCUCGGCGACGCAGCGGGUUGACGAGUUGAGUAGGGGUUUGGGGGAGAUGAGCAGGAGUAUGAGUCUGAGUGCGGUGCAGGAGGUUAGUAGGGUUAGGAGGGAGGCGAGUGUGAGUGUGGAGGAGAGGGUUAGGAGGGUUGUAGAGAGUUUGAGUGCUGGUUCCAAGGGGAAGGGUGGUGGUAUUGAUGAUGGCGAUGAAGGGAAGGGAAUCAAUGUGCCGGUUUUGGUCGGGGCCGUGGUGGGAGGGGUAGUGGGCAGUUUGGUGGUGACGGGGUUGGUGGUUGUUUUGUUUAUGAGGAGGAGGGGGAGGAAGGGUGGAAGGAAUAUGGGGGAGAAGGAAGGUGGUGGUGGUGGGGAGGUGAUUUACGUUGGUCCUGACGGCCAGGGCAGCAGUGUUGGUUCUGGAUCUCGUGGGCGUGGUCUCGUCGGCGGUUCUCGCGGCAAUAGUAGAGGUAGUCAUGGGAGGAGCAGAACCGAAACCCGCCGCCGCGAGAACGUGAAAAGCUACCCCGGCGACGGCCCAGUAAUAUGGGUAGCUUCAACGGACAGAGACAACACCACCCCCUCCACCGCCGGGUCCGGGACCCGCGUGGCAUCACCUUCGAUAUUAUCGACGUCAGCUGUUCACAAGUCAUCCGACUACGAAGACGAAAGUGUCUACAACGACGGCGAAAAUGGCGGGCCGCCACCCAGCUCACGAGGAGGAAGUAUCAACACGGAGGGAAACAGGACGGCGCUGUCACCGCCACCGCCGGCGAUUCCACCGAGAGCCAAAUCUAGGUCUAGGCCUGCUCCUGGGGAAGUUUCUACUGGUCCUCCUGCAUUUGUUGCUGAAACCCCGAUUCCUCCCGUCCCCGCUCCCGUUCCCACAGCAUCAGCUUUACUUUCCCCUUUCCCGCCACGGCCGAAGAGUGUCAGAAGCGGAGUAGGUACCGGUUCGGUUAGACCCAAAGACCGCCAAAGUCAAAGCAGUGAUGAAGCCAGGGGGGUGGGUUGCGCUGUGAGUUACUACUCACCACCGCCACCACCGCCACCACCGCCGCCACCGCCAGCCCGAUCACCUCCAUCCGUACGGGCGGCCUCCGCCGUCCCACCAGCACCAAAGUGGGCGCCGCCCACGAUACCAGGGUACGGCGAUGAUGCGAAGCCUUUGGGUUCCGGCUUUAAGCUGGAUAACCCGCCGUCGCCGUUGGGGGCCGGGGCUGCUACGAACAAGAAAAAGCCCCGGAAUAAUACCAGACUCAGCAUCUUCCCCGGCCCCAGCCCAAGUCCGACGCCUAGUACCCAAGGGUGGUCUUCGAGCCCGCUUAGUUUGCCUUCGCCGCGAACUCCGCCGGUUCCUAGUGUGCCUACCGAGCGGAUGAAUACAGGUGGAGAUAUGAAUGGGGGGAGUCAACAUCAACAUCGACGGGGAGGAAGUGGAGGGAUUGAAGAAGAGAACAAAAAGAGAGGACGACCUGUUCAAAAACGACAAGAAAUCAGGGUAAAAGAUGGGCAAUCACCAAGUCCUGCUGCUCCAGCGUUGGAAGCAUGGCUAAAGAGGGGGAUGUCAUCUACCAGAGUGCCGGUACGGACAGGAACAGGAACAGGACCAGCUGGUCCAACACCAGGGGAAAUAAUACCUCGCUCGGCAUCUGCUUCCAAUCUUAGAAGGCAGUCGUACACUGCGAGGUUAGGGGAACAGGUGCAGCAGCAACGCUUUCUGGACGCAAAGGACGAUGGAGGAAGAGGGGAGGAUUGGCCUAUACGACGGCAGUCAUAG